CUCCUUCAGGUAGCUCAAUAGCCUCACGAUGUGUGGUAUCUGGGCUCUGUUUGGGAGCGAUGAAUGCCUUUCUGUCCAGUGUCUGAGUGCCAUGAAGAUAGCACACAGAGGUCCUGAUGCGUUCCGCUUUGAGAACGUCAAUGGCUUCACCAACUGUUGUUUUGGUUUCCACCGCCUGGCAGUUGUUGAUCAGUUAUAUGGUAUGCAGCCCAUCCGGGUGAAGAAAUUCCCAUAUCUGUGGCUAUGUUACAAUGGAGAAAUCUACAAUUUCAAACAAUUGCAGAAGCAGUUUGGAUUUGAAUAUCAGACAUUAGUGGAUGGUGAGGUUAUCCUUCAUCUUUACAACAGAGGAGGAAUAGAACAAACAGCAUCUAUGCUAGAUGGUGUCUUUGCUUUCAUCCUGCUGGAUACUGCAAACAGAAAAGUCUUUCUGGCAAGAGAUACCUAUGGAGUCAGACCACUCUUUAAGGUGCUGACUGAUGACGGAUUUUUGGGUGUCUGUUCUGAGGCAAAAGGACUUAUCAACUUAAAGCAUUCAACAUCCUUGUCUUCUAAAGUGGAACCAUUUCUGCCAGGUCAUUAUGAAGUGUUGGAUUUAAAGCCUUCUGGCAAGGUUGCAUCAGUGGAACUGGUAAAAUUUCAUAGCUAUAAAGAUGAGCCACUACAUGCUGCAUGUGACACAGUGGAAGCUCUGCCUUCAGGCUUUGAUCUUGAAACAGUGAAAAGCAACAUCCGUAUUCUGUUUGAAAAUGCUGUUAGGAAACGUUUGAUGGCUCACAGGAGGAUUGGCUGUCUUCUGUCAGGGGGAUUAGAUUCCAGUUUAGUUGCAGCUGUUCUUCUGAAACUGAUGAAAGAAAUGAAUAUCACUUAUCCAUUACAAACCUUUGCAAUUGGAAUGGAAAAUAGUCCUGACUUACUGGCUGCCAGAAAGGUGGCAGCACAUAUAGGCAGUGAGCAUCAUGAAGUAAUAUUUAAUUCUGAAGAGGGAAUUCAGGCAAUAGAGGAUGUCAUCUUCUCCUUGGAAACCUAUGACAUAACAACAGUGAGAGCUUCAAUUGGUAUGUAUCUUGUCUCCAAAUAUAUACGGAAAAAAACGGACAGUGUGGUCAUUUUUUCAGGAGAAGGAUCAGAUGAGCUGACACAAGGAUAUAUAUAUUUUCACAAGGCACCAUCUCCUGAAGAAGCUGCAGAAGAAAGCGAGAGGCUCCUGAAGGAGCUCUACCUGUUUGAUGUCCUCCGUGCAGACAGAACCACUGCAGCACAUGGUCUUGAACUAAGAGUCCCAUUUUUGGAUCAUCGGUUUACUUCCUAUUAUUUAUCCCUACCAGCAGAGCUGCGAGUCCCAAAGAAUGGAAUUGAAAAAUACCUUUUAAGACAGUCCUUUGAAGAUUCCAAUUUGCUCCCCAAAGAAAUACUCUGGAGACCUAAAGAAGCUUUCAGUGAUGGCAUAGCCUCAGUAAAGAAAUCCUGGUUUUCUAUUCUUCAGGACUAUAUUGAUCAACAGGUUGAUGACCUUCUACUGGAAAAGGCAUCAGAGAAAUACCCUUUCAAUCCUCCUAGAACAAAAGAAAGUUACUACUACCGCCAGAUCUUUGAGAAACACUACUCAGGGAGAAGCAACUGGUUGCCCCACUACUGGAUGCCAAGAUGGGUUAAAGCUACUGAUCCUUCUGCUCGAACCUUGAAACAUUACAAGUCUGCUGCCCAAGAAUAGGCUGUUGAAAUAAUCCCCCAAACAGGAGUGCUGCA